AUGAAGAGGCCCGUAGCUUCCACCACCGUAGCUCCGCCGAGCUUCCCGGAUCCGAGCCCAGACGGCGGCGGCUCCGGCAGCCUGGGCGCCGCGACCCUCGGCGGCCACAGGGGGACGCGGAGGAGGAGGAAGAGGCGGAGGCAGCGGCGGCAGCCGCGAGGAGGUGGAGGAGGGUUCGAUCUCAGGCUCCGACGCAGACAUGGUGGACUGAUUCCUGGCGGAUUCCUGGACUGAUCGCCGAGGCGCCCCCUGCGCGUGGCCCCGCCGCGCCCCGCGGCCGGCAGCCCCUGGCCAGCGCCCGCGUCGGGUGCAGCGGCCGGGCCGGACAGUCGCGUUCCCGCCGCGUCCUGUGCCCGGUCCCUAUGGAGGCGCCGCUCGCCGGCGAGGCCGCCGAUCAUGCCUAGAAGGGCCGGGAGUGGGCAGCUGCCGCUACCCCGGGGCUGGGAGGAGGCCAGGGACUACGACGGCAAGGUCUUCUACAUCGAUCACAACACCAGGAGGACCAGCUGGAUCGACCCCCGGGACAGGUUGACGAAGCCCCUGUCGUUUGCGGACUGCGUUGGGGAUGAGCUGCCGUGGGGCUGGGAAGCGGGGUUCGACCCUCAGAUCGGCGUCUACUACAUCGAUCACAUCAACAAAACCACGCAGAUCGAAGACCCGAGGAAGCAAUGGAGGGGGGAGCAGGAGAAGAUGCUCAAGGACUAUCUCUCGGUGGCGCGGGACGCCCUCCGGACGCAGAAGGAGCUGUACCACGUGAAGGAGCAGAGACUGGCCUUGGCCCUGGACGAGUACGUGCGGCUGAACGAUGCCUACAAGGAGAAGUCGAGUUCCCACACCAGCUUGUUCUCAGGAUCUUCGUCGAGCACUAAAUACGACCCCGACAUUUUAAAAGCCGAGAUCUCCACUACACGACUAAGGGUUAAGAAGCUGAAGAGGGAGCUCUCACAGAUGAAGCAAGAAUUGCUCUACAAAGAACAAGGCUUUGAAACGUUGCAACAAAUUGAUAAAAAAAUGUCCGGAGGCCAGAGUGGCUAUGAACUCAGUGAAGCCAAAGCCAUUCUCACGGAACUGAAAUCCAUCAAGAAGGCUAUUAGCUCAGGAGAGAAAGAAAAACAGGAUCUCAUGCAGAGCCUGGCCAAGCUGCAGGAGCGGUUCCACUGGGGUCAGAGCAUGGGCCAAUCGGAGCCAGACUUGAGGUCCAGCCCUGGGGACUCGCACUUGUCCCUCUCCAGACAGACCCUGGAUGCCGGCUCACAGACGAGCGUUUCCGGAGACGUCGGGGUGAGAAGUAGAUCAAAUUUAGCCGAAAAGGUCAGACUGAGUCUGCAGUACGAAGAGGCCAAAAGAAGCAUGGCCAACCUAAAAAUCGAGUUGUCGAAACUGGACAGCGAAGCCUGGCCCGGGGCGCUGGAUGUGGAGAAGGAGAAGCUGAUGCUGAUCCACGAGAAGGAGGAGCUUCUGAAGGAGCUCCAGUUCGUCACGCCGCAGAAGCGCUCUCGCGACGAGCUGGAGCGCCUGGAGGCCGACCGGCAGCGGCUGGAGGAGGAGCUGCUGUCCGUGCGGGGCGCCCCCAGCCGGGCCCUGGCCGAGAGACUGAAGUUGGAAGAGCGAAGGAAAGAGCUGUUACAGAAACUGGAAGAAACGACCAGGUUAACUACGUACCUGCAUUCGCAGCUGAAAAGCCUCUCCGCCAGCACCCUGUCCAUGUCGUCCGGGAGCAGCCUCGGCUCGCUGGCCUCCAGCAGGGGCUCUCUGAACACCUCCAGCAGGGGCUCGCUCAACUCCCUCAGCUCCAGCGAGCUCUACUACACCAGCCAGGGGGACCAGGUAGACGCGGACUAUCAGUACAAACUGGACUUCCUGCUGCAAGAAAAGGGCGGUUACACCCCUUCCGGACCCAUCACCACCAUCCACGAAAACGAAGUGGUCAAGUCCCCCAGCCAGCCCGGCCAGAGCGGCGGCCCCUGCGGGGGGGCGGCCGCCGCGGCCGCAGGCCCCGCCCCCCCGCUGACCGAGGCGCCCAAGUCGGUGACGUCGCUGUCCUCGAGGUCCUCCCUUUCCUCCUUGUCCCCGCCCGGCUCCCCCCUGGUGUUAGAGGGCACGUUCCCCCUGUCCGCGCACGACGUCGCCCUCCAUCAGUUUGCCCCCGACUUCGACGACUGCGACCUGAGCGGCCACUUUGCAGACAUGGGCCUGGGCGAGAGUCAGGCCCUGCUGGACCCGGAGGCAGCAGGCCCGUCCCAGCCCCUCCCGGCGGAUAAAGACCUCCACGAGUGCGCCCGCGAGCCCUUCUACGACGCCUCGGCAGAGGUGGAAAAGUCAUUACCCAAGCGGAGAGCGGCCCACCUGCUCGGGGAGAAAACGGCCUGUGUGUCGGCCGCCGUGUCCGACGAGUCCGUGGCUGGAGACAGUGGGGUCUACGAGGCCUUCGUGAAGCAGCCGAGCGAGGUGGAAGCAGUUCCUGACGGGGAGGAGGAUGCCGCCGUCGUGGAGACGGCCCAGGUGCAGAUCGGACUCAGAUACGACGCCAAAAGGUCAAGUUUCAUGGUGAUUAUAGCACAGCUCCGGAAUCUGCAUGCCUUCCUGAUACCUCAUACUGCGAAAGUGUACUUCAGGGUCGCCCUGCUGCCCUCCUCGGCGGACGUCAGCUGUCUGUUCCGCACAAAAGCCCACCCGGCCACGGAGUCCCUGCCGUUCGGCGACGUGUUCCGCGUGGCCAUCUCCCAGGCGGCCCUGCAGCAGAGGACCCUGCGGGUGGACCUGUGCCGCGUCGGCGCCCACCGGAGGGAGGAGUGCCUGGCCGGGACCCAGAUCAGCCUGGCAGAUCUCCCGUUCUCCAAUGAGAUUUUCACUCUCUGGUAUAACUUGCUCCCUUCUAAGCAAGUGCCUUCCAAAAAGAACGAGGAAGACAAGGAGGAAUCUGUAUGUCAACCCAGCCAGCCAUUAGUGGACCCGAUAGACUUGGAUGCAGUGUCGGCCUUACUGGCAAGAACAUCGGCUGAGCUGCUGGCUGUGGAACAAGAAUUAGCCCAAGAGGAGGAACCGGGGCCGGGAGAAGAGCAAAGCGGCCCAGACGGAGAUUGGCUAACCAUGCUGAGAGAGGCCACGGACGAAGUUGUGGCUGAAGAAGAGGCUGAAGGUGCGUGGCCAGAGGGCUGUAGCGGCACAGCAGCCUCCAGCUCCUGCCCGAGUGUGCCCGAGGCCAAUGAAGACCCAAGUAGGAGAGGAAACGGCUGUGCCAGCCGGCCCAGGGGUCAGCCCCCGCCUGGAGGGCCCGCCCUGGUGGACAAAGAGACGAACACGGAGGAGGCCGAGGACGCCAGCCUGGCGGUUCGGCCCAAAGAGCGCGGCGGGCGGAGCGCGCGGCAGCGCCCCCUGGUGAGGAGCAGCGUGAUCGUGCGCUCGCAGACCUUUUCCCCGGGGGAGCGCAGCCAGUACGUGUGCCGGUUAAAUCGGAGUGACAGUGACAGCUCAACCCUGGCUAAAAAAUCUCUGUUUGUGAGGAACUCCACUGAACGGCGCAGUCUGAGGGUCAAAAGGGCGGUCUGCCAGCCCGUGCUCAGGAGAGCCGCGCAGGAGCGCCCGGUGCGCACGUCCCUGGACUUGGAGCUGGACCUGCAGGCCUCCCUGACCCGGCAGAACCGCCUCAACGACGAGCUGCAGGCCCUGCGGGGCCUGCGGCAGAAGCUGGAGGCGCUGAAAGCCCAGGGGGAGACGGGCCUGCCCGAGGGCGUGCUGGAGGACGAGCGGUUCCAGACGCUCCUGAAGCAGGCCGAGAAGCAGGCCGAGCAGUCCAAAGAGGAGCAGAAGCAAGGCUUGAACGCGGAGAAGCUGAUGCGGCAGGUGUCCAAGGACGUGUGCCGGCUCCGGGAGCAGAGCCGGAAGGUGCCGCGGCAGGUGCAGUCCUUCAGGGAGAAGAUCGCCUACUUCACCAGAGCGAAGAUCAGCAUCCCGUCCCUGCCGGCUGAUGACGUGUGACUCCGUGGCCGAGGAAAUGAGGGCCUCUCCCGGCUGUUCGUUUCCUCGGGGGGACAGAAGACUGACCGCUGGUCUUGUGGGGUGGUUUGGGGGGCUGUACUGUAACCCUCAGCUCGGAAAGAGCUUUCAUUUCCCAUCAAGAUUUCAACACGGUCAUUUGUAAAGUACCCUUGAAUGUAAUUUUUAUAUAAAAGAAGCAAAAAAAAAAGAGAUAACCAAAAUGGGGUGAUCGGGUACACGAAUGGUGUACCGUGUGUGUGUGUUGCCAAGGGCCUUUAUUUUGUAAGAACGGAACCGAGGCAGAACCCGGGGUGUGUCCUGUUGAACCGACUCUUGAGAAAGAACUCGCACCAGGUGGUUUUUGCUCUCCCUUUGUGUUCGUUCCCGCGGGCGGACCAGGAAGCUGGCCAGAGCGCCGCGCGGCAUUUCUGUGCCAGAGACCAGCUCUCGCCCUCGGAAGUUCACCGUGAGCUUCAGUGCUCACGGUGAGCUCCAGAAGCUCACCUGGUCCACCGGUGUUCACUUCCGUCCCCUGUGUUGGAACACCUUGCUUCCUUAAAACAGUCUCUUUUUUGUCCUUUUCUGUUGGUCUGAAGGAAACAAAAACAAAAGGCAGAGGCCGAGGACAGAGGCCUGCAAACAAAGGAGCCGGGCUCCUGGCCAUGCUGAUGACCCUGUGGCAUUUGACUCUGAGGGCAGGAAGGACACAGGAGGAAGCCAGGCACCAGGCACCCUGCGGCACCCCGAGGGAGGCACCCAGCCCGGCCAGAGCAGGGGGAGCGUUCAGACGUGGGUUUCUGGCCUGCACCACAAGGUUCUGUCCAUCCGAGGCCCAAGCGUGAUGUCCAGGAGGGGGACGUGGUGGCCGGACAUCUGAGGACAGACAUUCUGAUGACGUGGAGGGAAGCGUGUGGGCGCUCAGUUGGUGAAAUCAGGAAGAGGGGGAAGGGUAUCUUGACUGAAUCCAAGUUGCCAAAACAAAAUGAAAUCCUUUGUUAAGCAGAUUAGCAGCCUUGGGUAGCAGUGACUUUGCAGCUCUCAUUACAGGCUGGGGCCCUGCCUGUCACUCGCGGUGAGGAGUUGGGGGGCAAAGGGAACAGGGUGCCUGGUGAGACCUCUCAUUUGAAGUAUAGGCUGGCAUUUGUUUAAAAAAAAAAAAAAAGCCAUUGCCGAUGAACAGAUUUAGACACGCAAUCUGACCAAAGGGUCUUCUGGGCCGAACUUCAGCUUACCCAGCCCACACACGUCCGAACAGCAACAAAACCCCAGUGUAACUCCGCCUGCAUAAAGGCUUCUAAAAUAAAUAGUUUCAUGCAAUCUUUCAUACUUACUACUCAGUCUGUAGUACUGCAAGAGGUCAUUUUUGGUUAGCCAUCUUCUCAUAGCAAACUCAAUCAAUUAUUUUUAGAAAUGCAAAUGUCCUCUCGAAGGAACGGCCCCUUUACACGCUCAUGCACACACAGUUCUAUUUCUAAGCUGGGAUCCUCAUUAGCAAGAAUUGUUUUCUAGAAGGUCAUCACACACAUUUUAGAAAGUUCAUUCUAUCAGAAUCGAAAUUCAAAUGAAGCCAUCCCUGAGCCUAGAAUUUUAAUCAUUUUUCCCUCAGUGUCCCACCACUCAUAUACAAGAAUGUCUUUGAAGCUCUAACUGGACAUGACACUACUCUGGGCAAAAAACCAGCCUUGUGAAUUGAGCACGGUCCUUCGGGGCUGCAUCCAGCUCAUUCUAUCAGAUGAGGAGAACGAGAAGAAAAAUACCAUUCGUCCUUGUCAAGGUCAAAUGUGAAAGACAGAGGUCUAUUUAAUGUAGGAUCAAAUGAAGGUCAGCUGUUUUCAGCUUCUUAGUUUGACCAUGAACAUGUUGAUCGGGGUCUGUGUAGUUGCACCGUACGAUUUUAUUUCCUUCAUUUAUUUAUUUACGGUCUUAUUUAUGUUCUGUUUAAUAUAUAGUUCGGUUCUGGCCAUUUUAAAUGUUUGACAUAGAAGAGGCUAUAUGGGAAUAUUUACAGCUUUAUAAAUCUUCACCCGAUUAGUUGUUAACUUUGUGUGAUACAAGGAGUUUCAGACAAGUACAAAAGAAUAAACUCUGUCUCAGGCUGGCGGUUACCUCUUGUGACCAAGAUGCUUUCGGUUUUAUUUGACAACAUUUGCUCAUUUCUAACAUGAGAGAUAAACUUAUUUUAAUAUAAUCCUUUUUCACACUUUAAAAAUCAGUAAUAGUGUUAAGUAUUUAUAGGCAGCUUUUAACAAUCCUGUCGUAUUUGUACUAACCCAAACGAUCCACAGGGAUGACACAUUUUAAUAACAUCACAAAAGCAUAUGGACAAUAUGAAUUUUAAUAUUAUAAAUACUAUUUUUUAAAAGUAGAUUUAUUCUGCACAGGGUAAAAAGAAUGUAUUAUUUAGUUUUCAAGUUCUACAAUUAUCAGUAUGUUAUUACAACUUUGUAUAUCGGAAUCUAAGUGUUACAGGUACAGAAAGAAUGUGGCUAGCCAAGUGAACAACGUUUAGCUGAUCUCUGUAGCAUGCAAAUCAAAUAAAUUUAAAGUCUUUUUUUGCUAUUACUUUAUAUUGUAUUAAAUAUCAAAAGCUCAGGACUGAACUAAAUAUUUAAUCAGGUUAAAUUCUGAAUAUGUUUCUGUUUUAAUUUGUCUUGUUUGUAAACGUGUGCAAAUAUAUCACAUAGAUUAACUAGUUUCUGCACUUUUCCUGUGUCUGUGGGUGGGGAAAAAAAUCAGUGGGGUUUUUGUUGUUUUUUUUUUCAACAAAGAUACAUAUUGCCUAAGACUAGUUGUGUCCUUUGUUGUUGAGGUAAUUUUCCUGUCUGGCUC